AUGUCGAGCAAGAAGGUCACGAAGCUAGUGUCGUUAGAGGACAAGUGUUGGGAUGCAUUUGAGAAUAAAGAUUAUGAAAAGGCUGUUUGCUUACUACCAUUAGUGAAGAAACCAAAAGAUUUGGCUAGGGGUAUACUGGAGGUAUAUAAUGCUAGUUUAAUUCAUUUGUCUUCACAAAAUGGCUGGUUACAUGUUACAAAAGACCUCAUCACUAAAUAUCACUGUAAUCCACACGAAAGAGAUAGUAAGCGUCAGACUUGUUUUCAUUAUGCUGCAGCAAGUAAUCAUGUUCAUCUGAUGAGAUAUCUCAUUGAUGAGUGUCACUGUAAUCCAAUGGCUGUUGACAGGGAUGGGUGGACACCUCUUCACCUUGCUGCUUACAGUGGUAAAUCUGCUGCUGUUGAAUAUUUACUAUCAACUGGUAAAUGUGAUCCAUUGGCUAAAAGCAAUGGUGGGGACACACCAUUUAAACUAGCUAAGGGGAGAG